GUUUGUGGGGCCAAACAUUUCUCCAUUAUAGACAUAUUUGCCCAAGCACAUGUAAAAAUUAUCAUCAACAUGGGGUCCAAAAGCUUAAACUGUAACGUCUUCCAUAAUUUAACCUUUUCCUUUAUGUAGUUUCUACGGCCCCCCUGCAUCAUUUUCAACCCACUUUCUCUCUCUUAUCAUCAUUCUCUUCCUCACUUUUCUCAUCUCUCAGUCGGUGGCCAUGAAACCCAACAGAAAAGCUCGUUUCUCACCAUCUUCAUCCUCAACAUCAACUGUCACCUACACAUACAGAAAUGACAACUCUACCCUCCCCAAAACCACAACCACUGAAAUUCCGAUCACCGUCCAUUUCCAUGAUCACUCAGCUGCAGCUUCUAAGAUACAGACAGCCUAUCGUUCCUACGUGGUCCGCUCUCUCUUAAAGAAGAUCGCAGCCAUUGAAAAAGAGGUUGAUAAAUUGGAGAGGCUGAUCCAACAGCAGGAAACUGUGGAUGCAGUAAGGAGUAGUGAAAAGGACAAGUUACGGAUCAAUGAGGCUUUGAUGGUUCAGUUGUUGAAGUUGGAUUCUGUUCCUGGGUUUAACUUGAGUGUAAAGGAGCUGAGGAAGAGUUUGAGCCGUCGGAUCGUGGGGUUGCAAGAGGUGAUGGAUGGCAUUUGUGGUGAUCAUAGAUUAAUGGAUGGAUGGGAUUUAUGGAGGGAUUGGGAUGAGGGGUUUGGUGGGAUUGAGGAAAAGUUUUGUAGGGAAAGAGGUGGGGAGGAGUUGGAGAAGUUUUGUGCCUAUAACUUGGGUUUUCGAUGUUUAGAGAGGUUUUUGCGACAAUAACGGUUGAGAGCCUGUGUACUAUAGAUUUCAGGUUUGAAUUUCUCUAUCCGUUUGUAAUUUAUAUUGCCUUGUGGCUCAGUCGUACCAGAAAAACAAAAAACACUCAGGCCUCAGGGAGCCCCAAUUAGGAUAAGCUGUUAUCAUACUUACACAAUAACACCUAAUAUAGUAUGUUUCUCGUGAUUCCGUUGUUUUGAAGAGGUUUUACGUGAACCUUGGAACGGCAAUUAUUAGUGUGUGGAUUAUAACUUGAUGUUCGGAUCGGCAUUUUGACAACAGCAAUUCAAUGUAAAUCUUGCUUGCAAUUUUAGAGUCGAGUUUGAUAAGCCAAGAUGAAUGGCUAGUUUACUACGAAUUGUAUAGUUCUUGAAGUUUAUGGAUGCUUAAUGUGUGUUGAAUUUUAAUUACCCGAGCUUUGUAAUGAACUUAUUUUCGUAUUCAAUUGAAACAAAAGCUUACUGAAAAUAA